UUCUUCUUCUUCGCUCUCAAUUGUAGAAGCUAGUAAUACCCCACGAUGGGCUAUUCUCUGAAAAAUCGAAAUGUCCUCAUCAUUGCAGGCUCCCGUGGCCUUGGAGCUGUGGUAGCAGAGAAGUUUGCAGCAGAAGGUGCCAAUAUAGCCAUCAGUUAUUUUUCCGACUUGGAACGCGCAAAAGAAAUAGAAGCCAGCAUCAAGUCGCAAUAUCAAGUCAAGACCGCCAUCAUCCAGGGGGAUGCCGGAAAGCGAGAUGAGUGUGUUAAAACCGUCAGGUUAGCCACUGAAGCUUUAGGUGGCCUUGAUAUUGUGGUGUCGAAUGCCGGCUGGACAAAAGUUUCUGAGUUCGGUGACCUCUAUGCGCUGGAAGAUGAAGAUUGGGAUAGAUGUUGGGCAGUGAAUGUCAAAAGCCAUCUAUAUGCAUUCCGGGAGGCCUUGCCAACAUUCAACAAUAACCCUGAGGGCGGCGUGUUCAUUAUCACUUCUUCUUUAGCUGGAUUGGGUCCGGGCGGAAGCAGUAUGGGGUAUUCUGUCGCCAAAUCGGCUAGCAUACAUUUGGCCAAGUGCCUUGCCAAAUCUCAAGGGCCCAAGGUUCGCAUCAAUGCUGUUUGUCCUGGAUUACUGCUCACUGAGUGGGCAGAGCGGUUUCCUCAGGAGGCCGUUGAUAAAUACAUAAGCCAAGCAGUUCUCAAGAGACCAGUUGAAGUGGACGAUACUGCAGAUUUAUACAUUACCCUUGCGAAAAAUACAUCAAUGACUGGUAAAGCACUAGCCAUUGACGCAGGCUACGAUAUUCAUUGAAAGAUUACAGCAGCAUGAUACACAUCGAUAAUCGUGGUAGACUGAAUAGAGUGAAAAUAUGAUAUCAAUUUAUAUUA